GAAAAUAGUUUGGGACAAGACUGGCUUGCGCCCAAGCGCUUCUGGGCCACGGCGGACGUGAACAGCAGUGUUGGUGUGUCGUGUGAGAAGUGAACUUGUAGCUCACUAUGUAGUGGCCACUUGGUGUUACAGGUGGAGAGCUUGAUUAGCGGUGUGUGAAGAGAUGAUGAUGCCGUCAUAACAAGGUGGCAGUGUGCGUCAUCGCGUAGAAACAGAGGCGCGUAGGCCUAGGUGACUCGGAGUUCGUGUGAAAUCUCCAGCAGGUGUCCGAGGACCUGUGGACACCAGAAUACCCGAGGGCGUGUGAGACUUUAAAGCCUGUGCGAUGGGGUGUACGAUGUCGAUGGAGCAGAAGGCGGCCCUGGUCAAGAGUCGCCAGAUCGACCUCGUCCUCCAGGAGGACGGCGACCGCAUGAGAAGGGACAUUAAACUUCUGUUGCUAGCCAUGAAGCGCCUGUGGGCUGAUACGGGUGUCCAGGAAUGUUUCGGCCGCUCCAACGAGUACCACCUGAACGACUCCGCCAAGUAUUUCUUGGACGAUCUGGACCGCCUGGGAGCUAAGGACUAUCAGCCAACCGAACAAGAUAUCCUACGAACUCGCGUCAAGACCACUGGUAUCGUCGAGGUCCACUUCUCUUUCAAGAACCUUAACUUUAAGUUAUUUGAUGUUGGAGGACAGCGCUCUGAACGAAAGAAGUGGAUUCACUGUUUUGAAGAUGUGACAGCCAUUAUCUUCUGUGUGGCCAUGUCAGAAUACGAUCAAGUGCUGCAUGAAGACGAGACUACGAAUCGCAUGCAAGAAUCUCUUAAGUUAUUUGACUCCAUCUGCAACAACAAAUGGUUUGGGGAUACUUCUAUUAUUCUUUUCCUUAACAAGAAAGAUCUUUUUGAAGAAAAGAUAAAGAAGAGUCCACUUACCAUAUGUUUCCAAGAAUAUUCAGGUGCCCAAGAGUAUGGGGAAGCAGCUGCUUACAUCCAAGCCCAGUUUGAAGCAAAGAACAAAUCAACGUCCAAAGAGAUCUACUGUCACAUGACUUGCGCAACAGAUACCACUAACAUUCAGUUUGUAUUUGAUGCAGUAACAGAUGUGAUCAUAGCAAACAACCUACGUGGAUGUGGCCUCUACUAAGUUGCACCGCCUCAUCUAGAUUGUGUGUUCAGUGUAGAGAAAGAUGGUACAGUCGUGGUCUAGCCUCCCACUCCAGAUAAUAAUCUUGCCUCUCUUGCAAGGAAUUAGUCAGGAGAAUUGGCUAGUUGUACCUUGUACACCAUUAUCUCCUCUCCCUUUGGAGAGUUCUAGGCCGAGAAUGGCACUGUCCUGAAGUUUUAUCAUACGUGUUCAUGGUGCGGUCAUUGUCAUACAGGAACGGAUGCCAUUAAAGUGAUUUCUAGGUGCAUAACUGACACAGACCGCUUUGGCCUUUGUAGCCACCCAUUUCUAGAUCAUGGAAGAAUUGCAUGAGUGAUUAUGAAUUGAGCUUGUUAAAGACUUUCCAGCCAACCCCACUUGUCUUGUAUAGUACCAAGUUUAAUUAUCACUUCCUUACCAAAUGAAGCCUUACAGUUCUCGUUAUCUGGUACAAGUUCGAAUAAAAACAAAUGUUGAUGAUUUUGAAUCAGAAGGAAAAGCUUAAAUUACUGGUUCAUAGAGAUGGAACAUUAAUGAUUUUGAAUUAUUUGGUGCUUACCAUGCACUGAUGAAGAAAUGUACUCUAGCUUUUGAUUGAUACCUUGAAGCUUUUGAUAACCAAAAUAAGACAUAGCAGUUACCUACCUUAGUGUCUGAGGGAAAUGAUAUAUUUUCCAAACCAGUUAUAUGUGCAGAUGAGACGUGGAUAUCAAUGAGGGCCCAAAACCUUAAUAACAAAAAUCCAUUGAAUGGCCAAACAUUGGUGGCUUGGAGCAGUGAGUGUCAUUCUUUCUAGUCAUGUCUUUAAUCUUAGUCAUUUGUCACAAAAGUAAGUGAGUGGAAUACAACAAUAUAUGUACACUGGCAGAGUGUGGCGAGGUGAUGUACAGAUGUUGCCAUUGCUGCUCUAUUGUUUUUCUUCAGAUAUCUUGAUUCUAAUGGGCCAGGUUUCUAAGAUCUUCAAUAUCAAAAGAGAAUAAGAAAAAAAAAAAGUUCUAUUAAAUUAAAUCUGCUCUAACAGCAUAGCAGUAAAAUUUAGCAUAGGAUGAAGUUUGGAAUGGAGAACAUCUUUAUAAGAAAGAUUGAAGUUAAUCCACACAGAUCUCUCAUCAUGUAAGACUGUUGGUUUAAUAGUGAUUAUCUUGCACCAUUAUUCAUAUCACCUGGUGAUUGAUACUCCAGCAUCCACACUUAACCUCAACGAUGGUCAAAUGUGUAUUCUGUGAGGCAUGCUUAGUUUGAAUGUUGAAAGUUUACUUGACUGAUCUGUUAUUUUUAACUGCAAAGAACUUACAAUAUCUAUUUGAUGGUAUGUACAACAUUGCAGUAGUUGUUCAUUCAUGUUAUUAGUAAGAAAAAUUUACUGUAGCAUAUACGAACCAAGUUUGAUAGUUUGUUGUAGGUAUUGAGCUGGACUUUGCGAGAUUCCUUCUGAAAUCCCAUCCUCAAAGAAAUUCUGAAGCUCUUUAGCCAUCCAAUUGAACCAACUAUCAAACUUGGCUUGGUUUGCAUGUAUAGGUUUUCACUCAUGGAGAAAAUUAUUUAGUAGCAAUUCAAUUUGAAGUAUAAACAGCAAUCACAGGUCUUCAUUAGAGUGGACAAGCCCAAACCACUGGGUACAAAAUGCGACAAAAGGGUUUGUCAGACAUGUAAAUUAAAAGAGACUUGCCUCUAUGUACACUUGACAUUAUGAACAAUCAGAGCAUCCUUAGGAUUUGUUCUUUAAUCAACUUGAACAUAUAUACCACUUUGAUUUAGGUUAGGAGAAGUGGUAUACAACAUCCAAGUUGCUGACUUUGGCCCACGCUUGUAUGCAUUCCUCAGACUUUUUAUCUCCUGUGCUGUGAAAAGAUGUAACCAUCAGUUCUAAUAUGAAGAAUGUGUCUUCUUAUUAAUUAAAAUUAUAUCUUAGAUGAUCAGGAAUUGGGACCAGUUUUCUGAAGAAUCCCUAACCUCUGAGGUUUAUAUUUUAUUAAAAAACUGAAAAGCUCUAACAACCUUUAUUAGCCAGAAUCAACAACUUGUGUAACUGGCCAAUAUGUUGAUCUGUAAUUAGAGUGCAUGGUUCAGUAAGAAUUAGGUUUCCUUGACUUGUGAAAAGGAAAACAAAUUUUAUUAGAGCUAUGCCAGCUAAAGGUACAGUGAUCCACUAAGAAAGUAGACAUUGGAAUGAACAAGGAUCGAGAAUGUAUCAUGCGAUGCCACAAUGGUAUCAAAGAUUAUCUGAGACUGGGGCCAACCUUCCUGGUGGUGUUAGAUAAGUAAUUAAUCUAUUUGCUGAGCUUGCCCCACUGCCAAGAGAAGAAACUAAAGCAUCUGAUUCACCAGGGAGCUUCUCCUCAGCCUGAUGUACUCUCGUUACUGGCUCUGUUUCAUUAAAUACUACACAAAGAAUGAAUGAUUACCGCAAUUACCAUGAUUAUUUUUUUUGCUACUACAUAUUUUGACUUUACUUGAUGUACCAGAUCUCUUGCAUAAGCCACCCAAGGAGCAAAUAUCCAGUCAUCUGCAUGGUUCAUACAGGUAGGGCUCAUUUACAGCCUAACUAGGAAUAUCUGCUUAAUUGGAAUAUAUAUAAUGAUUUAAGCACAAAGCACAUGCCAAAAUACACCCUCUCUCUUGUAUUAAUUGCAUUCUUAUAGAGGCAUACACUAAGAAACAAAGUCAAACAUACACACACACCCACACCCACACCCACACCCACACCCACACCCACACACUCACAUCCACACCCACACACCCACAUCCACACCCACACCCACAUCCACACCCACACCCACAGAGUGAGAGAGGCAUACAUUUCACUUGCACUCACAGCCUAUGAAAAUUUGCCAAACUUAGAAAAAAGAAUUAUGAUAAUUGUAAAGUUCUUCAGUCUUUGAUGUCUUACUGUUAGGCUUACAGAAACUGCCCACAAGCCGAGUGUUUCAAAAAAGAUUCUGUAUCAAAAAAUAUAUAAAAAAAUAUAUGAAAAAUAAAAAAAAAGAUUGUCAGUAUGGUGUUACAAUGUAAUAUCUCUGGGGGUUUAGAAAAUUAAUCAACACUUCACACUUCCUUGUAAUAUUUAAGUAGGUCAUAAAAGUAACCUAUUCUUACUGUUUUGAGAUAGUAGUAUCAGUAUUUCAGAAAAAAAAAAGAAAAAAAAAUGAUUAUGCACAAAGAGACCAAUAUUGAAAUAUCCCUCAUAAAUUACAAGCUGCAAUGCAGGGAAGGUUCCGAAGAUGUCUAGAGUAGACUGCAUAUCCUUGUGUAAUGGUGUCCGAUUAUCAUUGGUAUUGUAAUGUAUAUGGUAUAAAGCCCCAUCCUCUCAUGUAUGGUAUAAAAAUGACUGCUCACUUUUGUACAGUGUAUUCGCUUCUCUAGCUGGUAAUAUUAAUAUUAAUUAUAUUAAUGACAUAUUUACAAUUUAAGGAAGAGGAAUAGAUAUCCAUAAUUGUCUCCUCUGAUGAAGUGUAUGUUGGCGAGUAAUUGUCAAAUUGCCUCUGCCCUGUUGGCUGCUGCCAAGAGGGCGAGGCAUUUUUAUUUAUGACUGACCAUUGCUGAAUAAAUGUAAAUUUUAUUUGGA